UCCAAUGGAAUGAACGUUCUUGAUUUAGUUGUCCUAUCAGGGGCACAUACAAUUGGAAGAGCAAGAUGUGAUUCAAUCCAGUACAGACUCUUUAACUACACUGGAACCGGUGAAGCUGAUCCAUCCAUUGAUUCCAAGUACUUCAACUACUUGUCGAGAAGAUGCAGAUGGGAUACUGAAUAUGUUGACUUAGAUGGGACAACUCCGACAACCUUUGACGCUCAAUAUUACAAGAAUCUUGAGGAAAAAAAGGGACUUUUACAGACAGAUCAAAUGCUGUAUUCUGAUGCCAGGACUUCUCCUCUUGUUUCUGCUUUUGCUGAUCAGCCAUGGCUAUUUCACCACCAGUUUGGAGCGUCAAUGGUGAAGCUUGCCAACAUUCAGGUCCUCACUGAUCAAGAUGAAGAUGGAGAAAUUCGAACUAUUUGCUCUUCUAUUAACUCUAACAACUACUAG